AUUUGCUUGAUACAUUGUAACGGAAGUAUUUGUUCAGUAUAGCUCAAUGUGGACAAAUGUAUUCGAUUUUCCAAUUUAGGAAAUUAAUGUUCGAAAAAAUAACGUUUUAUUUUAUUUUAUCACAACUAGAUUUCGAUCAUAUGGUUCUAUUUACCUCUUCUGACUGGAUUCUUUGGUGAAAAAGAUUAUGUAGCGGCACAAAUAUCAGUCGCGGGAAUUCACGACUGACGUUUACGGCCCUGGUUUCGAGGAUCGUUUCGUUUGCAGUUGUAUUCAGAUAGUAGCCGUCUCAGAAGCCGGAACGUUUCGUGUGCACGUCUCAAGCGAUAAAGUUACGCACAGCACGCAAUCCUUUGCAAAGAAUCGACAAGCAAAUAGCCAUUUGACAACAGGGAUACUUGUCAUCGAACAGGAAAAGGGAUAGAGAGCGACAUCGUUGAAAGACGUAAAACGAGACACUGGGGUACACCCGACAGGGCGAUCCAUCUGUGUCGAUACACCUACGAACACCCGUUCAAUUUUCACGCUAGAAGGCGGCCGUCCAGCAGGGCGAUACCAUUUUAUAUGACUUUUCUGCGACGUCAAGAAACAUUCAGGAUAUCAUCCAGAGGGAAAGGAUCGGUGUACAGCAAAGGCGGCGGUAGUAGGACAUUGUCCAAGCGAUUUCUAAAAGGCAACAUCAUCACUUUCGACCGGUCUAAUCGUUCGUUACGAGUUACUUGUGAGUUAACCACACCAACCUUGUACCCAGGCUUUCUUAGGGGCACAAGCAACGGACAGGCAGCGUGUAUGAUCAUUGAAGACUAUCCCCCUCUGCCCACCAAACCGAGGCAAUAUUUGCAUCAAGAUACCACCCAACGAUUUUUAAACCAUUUAGUCCUGCCUAAGCACAGGACCUCAAAAUUUUCCAGUAAUAGGCAUCGGAAGCUACAGCCGUUCAGAGAAACGUGACUGGCGUCAGCGGGUAGUGCGGCACACGUUACCGCAGACAACGAAAAUCACCCUGACUCGAUACGUAACGAGCUACCAUCGGGUAGCCAUUACCUGGCAACGUCGCUGCACAGCAAUCAAACUGCCGCUGGAAAACGUGGAAAGUAGAUCCAGGAGGACGAGGACGAAAACGUUACCUACUUGAACGUCAAAAGAUUAGGAGCCAGGAGAUCCAGAGAGAACAAGAGUCACCGACCGAACGAAGCUUGAUAGCUUUCAACAGUUUGACACUCGCGUCACCACUUGCCGACAGCUCGUUUUCACAACGACGUCUCGUCAGAAAUUGCUGUUGUCGCUCGGAAGGGACAUUAAUUUAG